UGGAGAGUCUGGGAUGGCAGCGCGCAUCCCCUUCUUUUUAUUUCUGGCGAUUCCUGCAAAGAUUGUGGAAGUCUCCGAGGGGUUGAAAACGAGAGAGAAGCCGAGGGAUGAGUUUGAUUUCAGUGCUUCGUUUUACCCUGGGAGUAACAGGAGAUUAUAAACUUGGAGAGUUUUCCUCUCAUCUCUGAACAAGCAGAAGCUUCCUGGCUCCAGACUAUUAUUUGUUGCAACAGUUAAAGGGGGAAGAAAUAAGUUUUUUUUUCUGGAGUCCUUGAUUAAGCUAUCAGUAAAUCCCUCCUUUUAGUAGACAGCGGAACUCCGCCUCCACUUGUUCCUGUUAUGUUACUUUCGUUUUUCCUGAGGCUUCUGUGUACUUAAUCUUGAGAGAUUGUCGGCUUGAGUAAAGGAAGGAUUUCUAUCCCUAAGAAAGCUGUAUGUUUUUACUACCCUGCUCCCUGAACCCUUCUGGCAAUCUUCUUCAGUUUUACUGCAGGCAAAUAUUAUCUCAUAAAGUAACUUAGUUGUGGCACACUUCCAGCAAGAAUGGCCAGUGGAACCAUAAUUGUCAUCCCCUCUAAUGGAGCAAACAUGAUCCAAACAGCUCCUGGAUUGCCCAGUAUUGCUCUUCAGGCAUCUGGAGCAAUUCCAUAUCCUCAGUAUGGAGCUCAGCAACUUGAAAUUUCCACCAAUGCUCCUCAACAAGUCCCACAAAAGGGUCCUUUGGAGAGAUUUCUCAAGGCUGAGCCCAAAGUUCUUGGGGCUGUCCAAAUAUUGAUUGGGCUGAUCCACGUUGGCUUUGGGACUGUCUCGCUUUCUUCAAUCUUUUAUUCUUAUCUUUUUUAUCCCUUGACUACAAUUGGAGGUUACCCCUUUUGGGGAGGGAUAUUUUUUAUUUCUUCUGGAUCACUUUGUGUAGCAGCUGCGAACAGUUCAAAUCAUGGUUUGGUGAAAUCUAGUGUAGUACUGAACAUCACAAGUGCUAUAAUGGCAUUAACUGGUAUCAUCCUAUAUGUAUGUGAGCUGAGCCUGGGUAAUGCUUUUUGGAGAUAUCGGAAUUCAUAUGAGAGUUUAUUUAAUAUCAGUUAUGGCCUCUCCUGUGUGUUGCUCCUGUUCAGCCUGCUGGAAUUUUGCAUCGCUGUUUCACUGGCUCAUUUCGGCUGCCAGGCAACUUGCUGUAGUAAUGCCCAGCCAACGGUGCUUUUUGUGCCUUACCAACUUAUUGGAGGGGGAGAAGUCACAGCUGAACCAAAUCCUCCUCCUUCUCCUCCACCGACUUACGAUAACGCGGUUACCAAAUCUCAGUAAAACAAGAACACCAGGAAGGAAAUGUGAGAAGUAUUGCAACAGAGGUUUCAGAAGAAGCAAUCCCAUGACCCUGGGGAGGCUGCUACGUGUGAGGACUGGCUAAGAGUCAUUUGUUUUCAAGUCUGUUAUAACUUUGAAUAGUCACUAAAUGACCAGUUUUAAAUUGAGAACUAACUGUAAUAAUGGUUGCAUAAUCACUGUGAUCCCAAAACAGAAGAAGUUUGCAUAUAAAUAAAAUACUCCAUAUUGUUAGGGCGGUUAAGCUGAUAAAAAAAAAAGAUUCCAUGCAAAUUGCCAUUUUUUGUUUUUUUGGCUAUCAUCCCAUCUCCAACAGGGGCAGCUGUAAACACAUCCAUUAGCUAUAUCCUUGAAGGGUUUACAGUUGUGUAAAUGUGCAGUUUCAAAAUCAAAGCCAUUUGUACUUUUGGGGAGGGUAUAUCGGGGGAGGGGCAACUAUGAACCCUUUGCAACAUGCGGACUUCAACUCCUGAACCUACAGGGCUGAUUCAGGUAUUCUUGGAGUUGAAGUCUACAGUUCCUAAAGGUGUCCAAGUUGCCCAUCCCAGGUACUGCAUAUGCCUCAAGAGACUCAAUUGGAAUGUAGAGAAGAUUUGUUGCUUCCUUGUUUAUAAUUUCAUGGUGAAAAGCUUGACUACGGCAAUGAUUUUACAGGUGUACAAAAUGUACAUAUUUACAGUUUUUGGGGUUUAAGUUGAUAGGCAGGAUCCUGAAUAUAAUCUAGCUCAGUUGAAAUGAUGUCACUCUUCCUUCCUUUCUUUAAUGAACUUGCAUACAGAUGGGAAGCUGAACAACUAGCCAGAACAAUCUUGAACUGAACACAUUCAAAAUUGUAGAAACGAUAGUAGAUUUUAGGAGAAGUCCUCCUAUUCUACCACCUCUUACAAUACUAGACAACAGAGCAUGUUUCCCCAAGAAUAAGACCUAGUCUUAUUUUCUUUUGACCUCUGAAAUAAACGCUAGGCAGUGGUAGGUUGCUACCGGUUCUCCCCGUUUCUUGCGAACUGGUAGUAAACAUUUUGAGUAGUUUGGAGAACCGGUAAAUGCCACCUCUGCCUGGCUCCGCCCCCAGUCUAUUGCUGCCUCCCGAGUCCCAGCUGAUCGGCUAGAAGGAAAAAAUCAAGACUCACUUGACAAAGAAGAGGAAAAAAAACCAAGACACCGUCACUUUAAAUUGAGAAGCAAGAAGCCUCCCAACUGAUCAGCUAGAAUAAAAAAAUCAGGACUCACUUCUUAGCCAGGAGAUCACUUGGCAAAGAAAAAGGAAAAAAACAAGAUGCUGUUGCUUUAAAUUGAUGCAGCUGCUGGAAGGCUUUACUUGCAGAAGCAAAGUAACAUUCAGUAGUUUGUUUCUGGGUCAGUUGAACAACAAACUGGAUAAGAGGAGGGAUUCUUAUAUGGUUCUAUGUUUUUGAAGUUUUGGGGUUUGUGCAACAUGGGCUUUGUGUUUCUAAAAAGGUUUGGGUGAUUUCCAUUGUGAAAUAUCCUUUCUUGAAUGAGUUUUCUGCUUGCUUGUAAAUGGAGCCGAACUUCCGGUUUCCACUUUCUAUGAUCUCUAAGCACCAGUAGCUGUUUUCUGCUUACAAAGUUUCCUUUAUGCAGCUGGCAGGAAUGUGGAAUUCCAGGCAGGUUCCUUGUUAGCAGCUUGAUUAUUCCUUAAUUAUCUGGGAGCCUUUUCUUAUGAGUAAUAUUUUAUUUGGGAAAUGAAGAGGGGGGAGUUUGAUUCCUUCCCAGAACAGAUUAGUGGGGUGGGGAGGGAAUGGGGAUUUUGAAGUAACCUUCCCCUGGAGUGGGGAGGGAAUGGGGAUUUUAGGUUUGCUGUCAAACAUCAGCCAUAAUACUAAUGAUUGUUUUGAACAAUAUGCAGGUUGUAUCACAUGAAUGGCUAUUUUAUAUGUGAAAUUAUGACUGAAACCUAUAUAGGUUCACACUGUCAGGAAGUUUGUCCUUAGUUUUAGGUUGCUUCUCUCUUUGUUCAGUUUCUAUCCAUUGCUUCUUGUUUUGACUUCUGGUGCUUUGGAAAAUAUAUUGCCCCCUUUCUUUCUAGCAGCUCCUUAAAAGCCUGUUACACUCUUGGGCAAAGCAUAUGAGCCAUUUCCUCCUUUUAGUGGUCCAUGAAAGUGCAUCUAUAGCAGAGGUCUCCAACCUUAGCCACUUUAAGACUUUAACACUUUAAGACAGCAAAGGCUGGGAGGGGAAGGGCCAGGUGAGGUACCCCUUGACGUGAGUGACAUUGAGUUGGCCACGCCUACCCAGUCACAUGACCUUCAAGCCACACCCACAAAAUAAGCCACACCCACAGAACCGGUAGUACAAAAAAUUAGAACCCAUCCCUGGCGCUAGGCCAUAUUUUCGAGGGACGUUUUAAUUCUCCACCCCCAUGGACUGGUAUGAGGCAGAGGGGCGAGCUGCCCAAUGCGCCCUGCACCGGCUUAUUGAAGGGUCGCAGCAGGCCUUCCCAUCCAUGCAUACAGCUGACUCACAGCAGCUGCUCUGACCGCCACCUCCAGCAAGCAUGGCCUCUUCUGCAGCUAACUGCAACCUGGCGCCUCGCACAGGUAUACCAAAGGGUAUUUAAUCGUAUAUAUCUUAUAUAAUUAUCUUAUAUAUUGCAUCUUAUAUUAAUGAUAUAAGAUGAUUUGUGUUGAUUGCUUAUUUAGUAUCCUAUGACUAACACUGAGUGUUGUAUCUUAUGAUUUAUAAAGAAUGUAUUUUAUGAUUGUGAUCAUGAUUUAUCACUUCUUGCUUGUAUGUACACUGAGAGCUUAUGUACCGGAGACAAAUUCCUUGUGUGUCCAAUCACACUUGGCCAAUAAAAAAUUAUAUUCUG